AGGAUUCAACACAACUGGAGCUGCUUAGAGAAUUCAUGAAACUUCAGAAGGAAAUGAUGAUUAUGCUGUUAUCUAUGUUGGAAGGAAAUGUGAUGAAUGGUCCAAUAGGAAAACAGAUGGUGGACACUCUUGUAGAGUCCCAGGCCAAUGUGGAGAUGAUUUUGAAGUUCUUUGACAUUUUCCUGAAAAUGAAAGAUCUGACAUCAUCAGAAGCUUUCCUGGAAUUUGAUGCCAAUAAGGAUGGCUACAUUUCAGCCAAAGAAUUUAAACGUGCUAUGGAGGCACAGAAAAUGUAUUCUCGAGAGGAGAUUGAGUACAUCAUGAUGUGUGUGGACGCUAACCAGGACGGGAAGGUGGACUUUAACGAGUUCACCGACCGAUUCCACAAUCCUGCCAAAGACAUCGGCUUCACAAUGGCUGUCCUCCUCACUAAUCUAUCAGAGCACAUGCCUAAUGACCCAAGAUUGGAGAGGUUCCUGGAGAAGGCCCGUUCUGUACUGGACUACUUUGGACCCUAUCUGGGCAGGAUAGAGAUUAUGGGCAGUGCUAACAAGAUAGAGAGAGUCUACUUUGAAAUCAAACAAUCUCACAUUGACCAAUGGGAGAAACCUCAGAUCAAGGAAUCCAAGAGGUCCUUCCUGCACAGUGUGGUCAAUGAAGGAGGUGACAAAGAGAAACUGGAGAGCUUUGUCAAUUUCUGUGAAGACACUAUCUUUGAGAUGCAGCAUGCCACCAGUAUUAGUGCUGAGGAGCAGAGGAUGGCGGCCCUGAGGAGUGGGAUGGGCCUCCAGGAGGAGAGUGGAGGAGGAGUGCUGGAGCCACUGAAGAUGACCUACCGUUUCCUGUCUAAUGCCGUGGCCACGUUCCUGUCAUUUUUCACGUGGACAAACCUGAAGACGACUUACCAGGCCUUUAGGAGAAUGACCUGGCCCCAGGUGAUCUGGACGCUGGUCAAACUCUGUGUCAAACUGGCCUUCACACUCCUCACAUUCAUUUUCCAUGUGUUCUGGACAUUGUUGAAAUUUGUGGUGAACAUGAUGAAAGGUGAGCAAGACAAAGAAACCGUAGAACAGCCAGAAAUCCUAGCUCUUCCAGCACCCUCCCUCCCUGAGGAACAGAAGACAGAGCCUAUACUGAAUGGGGUUCCAGGUGUUCCCACAGAAGAAGGAAUCUCUACCCCUACUGCUGUCCAGCAAGAGACCGGGACAGAGAGUCCAGAAUCCACCACAUCUACAGAACCAGCCACAGAGGUCACCCCACAGGAACCCCCUGUCCCACCAGCACCACCUAUGCCCCCUCCCAGGACCUCAGCUGACAGUAAAUCCAAAUCUGAGGAAGAUGUUCCCUAUGAGACUAAAGGAUUUGAUUAUGGAAAAUAUGUCCUUUAUUUAAGUGUAUUAGGACAGAAGUUAGUUUCUAUAGGGAGUCUGUUUGCCCGUAAUUUCUACAACUUUAAGUAUGUUGCCCUGUUCCUUGCCUUUAUUAUCAACUUCCUCCUGCUCUUCUACAAGGUCAACAAGGUGCCCCAUGAACAAGAGGUGUCAGACGGGAACCAGACAGAAGAAGAAGAGUUUGACGAGGUAGUUACAAUGCAGGGAGAAAACUACAUGCAGAUUGUUGCCCGACUUCUGGCUGUGGUCCAUUCUCUGGUUUCAUUUUCUAUGCUGAUUGCCUACUACUGCCUUAAAGUGCCUCUAGUCAUCUUCAAGAGAGAGAAGGAGAUUGCCAGGAAGUUGGAGUUUGAGGGAUUAUGGGUAGCUGAACAACCAGGAGAAGAUGACCUCAAAGGUCACUGGGAUAAACUGGUUCUCAACACACAAUCCUUCCCAGAUAGCUACUGGGACAAGUUUGUUAAAAAGAAGGUUAGCACUUUUAAGGGUACUUGUGCUAGGUAUGCUGAACAGUAUGACUAUGAAGCUAUCAGUAACUUACUGGACAAAGAAGAUUCAAUCAAAAUUGAAGAAACCAAAUCUUCAGGAUUCUUCCCAAGUUUCUUGUUCAAUGUAGACUGGCAGUAUCAGAUUUGGAAAUGGGGAGUCAUUUUCACAGACAAUUCUUUCCUCUACAUAGCAUGGUACUUCAUCUUUUCUGCCAUGGGAAAUUUCAAUUACUUUUUCUUUGCUGCUCAUUUAUUGGAUGUUGCCAUUGGUUUCAAGACACUAAGAACCAUUCUGCAGUCUGUAACCCACAAUGGAAAACAGCUGGUGCUGACAGUGAUGUUGACCAGUGUGGUUGUCUAUAUCUACACUGUUAUAGCCUUCAACUUUUUAAAGUUCUACGUCAAAGAAGAGGAUGGUUCUGUUGACUAUAAGUGCCAUGACAUGCUAACUUGUUUUGUGUACCACUUACACACUGGAGUUAGAGCAGGAGGAGGAAUUGGUGAUGAGAUAGAGCCAGCAGAUGGUGAUCCGUUUGAGGUGUACAGAAUUCUUUUUGACAUCACUUUCUUCUUUGUCAUCGUCAUUCUUCUAGCCAUCAUUCAAGGUUUGAUUAUUGAUGCCUUUGGAGAACUGAGAGAUCAACUUGAACAAGUAAAAGAAGAUAUGGAGUCUAAAUGCUUCAUCUGUGGUAUUGGAAAAGAGUAUUUUGAUAAAGUCCCUCAUGGUUUUGAAACCCAUGUCAUGAAAGAACAUAAUUUUGCCAAUUACAUGUUUUUCCUGAUGCACCUGAUUAACAAGCCUGACACAGAGUACACAGGCCAGGAAUCCUAUGUGUGGGAGCUCUAUCAGCAGAGAUCCUGGGACUUCUUCCCUGUGGGAGACUGCUUCAGAAAGCAAUACGAAGACGAGGGGGACAAGAGCUGAACAGCUGACUGUCUACUCUUAGGAAUUAUCACUGACUUGUCACUGAAUUAUCACUGACUUGUCACUGACUUAUCACUGACUUCAGAUGCAAGUCCCUGAUCAUGCUUCUUUGAUAUCAAUAUUGGGAUGUACACAUAUAGGGAGAUACAGUAUUUUGUGAUCCUUUUUGUAUUCUGCACCUUUUUUCUUUGUGUUAUGACAAGCAUCUGAACGUUUUAUAAUUACUGAGUUCUGCUUUUGUGUACCAUAAUGCAGAAGUUAAAUCUGGAAGAGAGUGGAAGAGAUUCUGUAUUAACUUUAUACUGAGCAGUAAUUAAGUGAUGUGUAUAUGUAUGUUGAAAAGACUGACAGACAAGAAAUAAGGAGUGAAUGUUAAAUUGAUGUGGUUUUUGUCUCACAUGGUAUGUGAAGUUUGUUGGAGAAUUUACCCUUUGAUAUUUUUGUCUCAUUUGUUUUAAAAUUUUAAAGCUUUUGACAAUCUUCAUGUUGAAUUGUAUUAACCCUUUUGUGAGUUUACUGUGAUGAAGUGCAAUAUUUUCCUCUGAUUUUUUUUUUUUUGAAUUUCUGUAGUUCUUUGUCAUACAUUUACAUGAUUCUAUUUAUCAUGAUUUGUUUUCAUGUGCAAUAUUUUGAAUGCCCUAAAAAAGGUAUGUUAUUUAUUAGAAAUUUAUGGUUUUUAACACCUACUUUUAUUUAUCUAUUUAAUAAUAAAGAACAAAAAAUAA